CUGGAUUAAUCUCUGAUCCGAUUAUGUAUUUAAAUAACAUCAAUCUGUUGGAUCUUGUAUUGGUUUUAUUGUCUUGUUGCUGCUGGACGGGGGUGUUCGGGCAGCUCUCCUAUUCCAUAUCUGAGGAAGUAAUCCCGGGGACCUCUGUGGGGAAUAUUGCCAGAGAUCUGAACCUUGCUCUGCAUGAUCUGGAGCCUCGCAUGUUUCAAAUAGUCACAGGAGGAAAGAGAAGACACUUUGAGGUAAACCUGAAGACGGGUGUUCUCUUUGUCGCUGACAGAAUAGACAGAGAGGGGCUCUGCGCAAAAGCAGCCGCAUGCACAGUGAGCGUGGAGGCGGUGAUAAAAGCUCCUUUAAAGCUUUACCGUGUGGACAUUAAUAUUCUAGAUGUUAAUGACAACUAUCCAUCUUUUACUACCAAGUCUCAAAACAUCAAAAUAGCUGAAAGCACAUUGCCUGAGACUAAAUUUCUUGUGCUUUCAGCCUAUGAUGCCGAUGUGGGCAAAAACGACAUCAGCACCUACAAGCUGAGCGCAAAUGAUCAUUUCUCUUUAGCGGUGAACAAAGGGGAUAGGGUGUCCGCUGAGCUGAUCCUCCAGAAGCCUUUAGACCGAGAGACACAGCCCGUUAUCAGACUCAUACUGACUGCUGUGGAUGGAGGGACACCUCCAAAAUCAGGAACGUCACAGCUAAUUAUUAAUGUCUUGGAUGUGAAUGAUAACGUUCCGACAUUUGCUAAACCUUUGUAUAAAACAAGCCUUACUGAAAACACAGCCCUUGGGUCUUCAGUAAUAACUGUUGCUGCAACAGAUAAAGAUGAAGGACCCAACGCAGAGGUUACAUAUUCACUGAGCAGCAAAGACCAAGACCACAUUUUAGAUUUAUUCCAAAUGAACGAGCAGACAGGGUUAAUAACAGUCAAAGGGAACAUUGACUAUGAAGAGCAUCGUGCUUUUGAAAUCCGUGUUCAGGCCACAGACAGAGGCUUUCCACCAAUGAUGUCACAGUGCAAAGUACUGAUUGAAGUGGGGGACUUAAAUGACAAUGUUCCAGAAAUAACUGUAACUACGCUGAGUAGCACAAUAAAGGAGGAUGUAAAUAUAGGUACAGCUAUUGCACUAGUGUCAGUCCUGGACAAAGAUGGAGGGAAAAACGGAAUUGUACACUGCAGCAUUCAAAAUGAAAGUCCCUUCAAACUAGAAACAAAUUAUAAAAAUUAUUACACGUUGGUGGUGGACAGACAGCUAGACAGGGAGGCUGAUUUGCAACAUAACAUUACGAUCAUGGCAUCAGAUGAAGGAAUCCCAGCUUUGACUAGUUCACACGACUUCACUGUUUAUAUUUCAGAUGUAAAUGACAAUCCCCCUUUAUUUUCAGAUAAUCACAUUUAUGUUUAUUUAAAAGAGAACACUCCUGUUGGAACUGUUUUAAAAAAGAUAUUGGCAAAUGAUGCAGAUAUUGAUCAGAAUGCACAAGUCAGCUAUUCAAUUAUUGAAACUAGUAAUAAAAAUUUACCAUUAUUAACAAUGAUAAACAUCAACUCAGAGACAGGAGAUAUAAUCAGUCUGCAGAGUUUUAACUAUGAGGAGUUAAAAACAUUUCAGUUUAAAGUUCAGGCCACAGACUCUGGUGUUCCUCCACUCAGCAGCAACGUGACUGUAAAUGUUUUUAUCCUGGAUGAGAAUGACAACAGUCCAACUAUCCUGGCUCCUUAUUCUGAGCUCGGUUCUGUUAACAGUGAGACCAUCCCCUAUUCUGCUGAAGUGGGCUACUUUGUAGCCAGGGGCGGACUGGGACAAUAAUCCAGGCCGGGAAUUUUGAUACCAUCCCAGGCCACCACCACCUGAUUAACGCAAACCACCAAGACUGAGUUCAAUUGAGCGCACUUUGAAUGCAUGUUGUUUGCACACGUCUAAAAAGCCAUCCAUAAUUUCCCAUCUAUUCAUUUUCACUUAUUGACUAUUUAUAUGUAUUGGCUAUUCAUAUAACAAAAAAAAAGUUCUUAAUCUCAACGGAACUUUA